CAACAAGAACAGUGCAGCGAGUUGUAUUAUGAGUUAGCAUGUAGAUUUAUCAGCCCAGUGCACUUUUCUCAGUUUAACACUCCGACUCGUCUGUUCGCACGGUGCUUUGUUUCUUCGCUUCCAUUCCUUAAAAAAAAAACUCGAAAGUACAACAUCAACGUUUCCGUUAUCACCUACGCAAGUGAUUGCUUAUCUACCUCGGUUCGGAAUUAGUCGGAAACCUAAUCCACGUACCAUGGGCCUCGUCGGACUGCUGCUGAUGGUUUUAGAUCCCUUCAGAAUAAUACGUAACUAUGUGUUCAAACCGAUCGCCACCCUGGGCCUGGCGGCGGCCGAAGAAUACCAGGCGCGCAAAGCAAAGAGCGUCAAGACGACGAAAAAUGUGUUUCUCAAGCUGAUCAUCGUAGUUUUGGUCGGGUUUUCCGUCGUGUGGGCUUCGAUCUUUCUGUACCUGUACUUCUACUACUCGUACAUGCCGUCCGUGCUGCACAUGAAGGAUGUCCACCUGAACAUCCGCGAGUGCAAGGAUUCGGCUGUGGACUGCAAACCGUAUCCCACGGCCAAUGUGGCCCUCACAAACCAUCAAAGAUUCCUCAUGGUUGGCCAACCGUAUAAGAUUAUUUUGAACCUCGAAAUGCCCGAAUCAGAACAAAAUGGUAAAAUAGGCAUGUUCACCGUUUGUGGCACCCUAAAGGAUUACCAGCAAGAGGAAAUUACCAGCUCUUGCCGGAUGUCAAUGCUCCACUACAAGUCCGACCUCUUGAAGACAAUUCUCACCGUCGUCUUUGCGCCGCUGCUCGUGUUUGGGUACCGCGAGGAGAAACAGAUGGUCACGGUGGAGCUGUUUUCACAGUUUCUGGACGAUUCCAGUCAACCGGCGACCAACAUCGACAUCACCAUCCAGUGCCGGGACAUUCAGCUCUACUCGGCCGAGCUGCACGUGAUCGCCAACUUUACAGGGCUUCGCUAUCUAAUGUUCAACUGGCCAGUCCUGUCGGCCAUAAUCGGUAUCACCACCAAUCUGUUUUUCAUUCUAAUCGUGUGCUUGCUGAGCUGGUACCACUGGGACGACACGGAAUGGAUAACGGAUAUAAGGGAUCGCUAUCAGCAGAUUGUGCAGGGCGUAUCGAAAGUGGGCGCAAUCGAGCAACCACUGGAGCAGUACAAAACGGACAAAAAGACUGAUGCAAUAUCCAAAGAUUGGAUAGUGGAUGAAGAAUGAAUGGGAAUAGAUUUAACAUUGUUAUUAUUGUUAACGGUUUCCUUUUUGUAAUAAAACACCAUAUUGUAAAUAAAAUUUAGCAGGCGGAAAAAAGUUUUUUUGCUGUUGAC